GUCCGUGGUGGGGAGUGCACGUGUGUGUUUCUCUCGUUCUUCCGCCACGCUGUUCUGAGGUGGUGUUGGUGGUGGUGAUGGUGGUGUUGGUGUUGCUGGUGUGGUGUUGAGGUGGACUAAAAUCUCUCAAUGAGGGACGAGAAGUAAUGGAAAGACAGGGCGUAUUUUUGUAUUUCUCUCGCCAUGACCACGCGUGCAUCCCUCUCCCUGCGCCUCUCCUCCGCCCUUCCCCUCAAGCCCUCCACGGCCUCCCCUGUUGCUGCUUCUUCUGGCGGCGAUAAAACAAAUGAGGAUCAAGAGAGCCGGCAUGUCCCUGCUUGAAAUCUCCUGCUGACGCUGCCUGCUUGAUGCUUCGUCAUGCCCUACAGCACAAAGCACGUAUAAAUGAGACCUCAGCAUGAAGGCUCGCGGUGAGGGGGCGUGCCCUUGGUCGGCCCUCUUCUACCACACGUAUGACGCCACCAAUGAGGCCGAGGAUUGGUGGAGAAAUUCUUUACGCCAAGUCGAUCAUCCAACCAACGUUCACAGCACUGACGACGGCCAUGGCGGGGCAGGAGGGGCAGGAGGCGGGACGUGGAGAGGGCGAAGGGCUGCCACCGCCUCCGUCAGCGCCGCCUCCCGGAGUCUGAGCCCCACCAAGGAUGCGGCCACGCGGGAGUAUAUCAGGAGGGUGCGCUCGCUGUCCCGGGAGACUAAACAGCGGCAGGAGGCACGGGACCGCGAGAUGCGGCAGAAGGAGCUGGAGGAGCGGCGGCGCUGCGAACUGAUCCUCAGCGAGCGGAAGAAGGAGCGGGACACGCUGAUGUUCAGGUUCCUGCGCGAGCCCCUCAUGCGGCGGCGGGAGGCGAAAAGGGCGUCCUCCCUCAGGGCCGCGGACGGAGCGGGCGUGGGUGACGAAGGCGCCGCAGGAGGCAAGGACCGCAUGUGCCAGUCCGUGCCCGACCUGGACGAGGCGAUGAGGCUGCUGCGGCGGGAGGACCAGAGCCUGGACGCCCGGGCCCGCGCCUUCCACAGUCCCCAGCAGCGGCGGCGGCGCCCCCUGGAGGAGCCCCCGGCGUGUGACCGCUUCCUUCGCACCCACGCCCGCUUGCCGCCCUCCAGCAUCUCGGCGGGUCCGCUCUUCCGCCGCAGCCCCGCGCCGCCCACGCGCCCCUUCCCCCCCGGGGCCUCGGACGUCAUCCGCGAGAACCAAAAGCCCUACCCGACGCUGCCGCCGCAGGAGCUGGAGGCGCGCUGGCGGCGGGGGCGGCGCGGCAGCGGCGAGGGCGGCCUGAGGGCGGGGCACAGCCCACAUCCGUUGAGGCCGCAAGGGGAGCCGCCGCCCCCCAGCCUGCCCGCGGCGGACAGCCACGUGGUGGUGCUGCCCAGGCCGCGGCUGGACCGGCGCAGCUCUAUGCCGGACCUGCGGGACUUCCGCUGCGUGAGCUCGGCCGUGGUGUACGAGACCAUCGCGGCGCUGGGCAGCCUCGGGGCGGCGCGGGGCCUGCUGGUGAUGCCCCCCGGGGCCGCGACCUGCCCGGUGCUCCCCGCCAAGGCGUCGCCCGAGCCGCCGCAGCCCUGGGCCAGGAGGAUGAACGAGUUCAUCGAGGCGGAGACACAGGCGGUGCUGCGUGACAGUCCGCUGCUGGCGGGCCACGGACCCACCUCGGCGGGGGCGGCGGGGCGGCGCUCCCAGCGUCGGGAGUGGGUCUCCAAACACUCGUCGGUCAAGACGCUGCAGAGGAGCAUCCUACCGGCCAGCCUCACCGACUCGUCCUGCCAGACAGACAGUCUGCUGCGGCCGCCCUCGUCCACCUUCCGCUGCCGCCCGUCCGCCGGCAGCGACCAGGAGUAUUACGACAGCCUGGAGGAGGACAACGGCCGCUCCUCCGCCCACCGCGUCUCCACGCUGGCCUUCUACGUGCCCAUCAAGGAUGAGGCAACGCGGGAAGUAUCCCUGUGCCCCACGCUGCCGCCCAAGCUCUCGGCGCGUCUUGAGGAGCGGCGCGCCACCAUUCCCCGCCGCCACCCCGCGGGGGCGGCACCCCUGACCCUAACAGGGACCCACAUGCACGCACUGCGCGGCGAGGCCCCGCUGGCCGACCCGGGGAGUGGUGGACACAGCGGCGGCUGGAGGGACGCCUCGACAGGGUGGCAGGAAGCGGCCGUGUCCUCUUACUAUGCUUCCAGCGGUCUGGCGCACCAGUGGUCUGAGGUCACCAUGGAAGGUUAUGCGACUUACCCAAAUCCCAGCCCCUGGGUAGGGGAGCAGCCCGUGGUGGUGAGCGGCGACGCCCAGGUGGAAGCCACGACCCCGCAACCCUGGCACCCGGGCCUCGAGUCCUCGCCAGCAACACUCAUGAAUGGGACCUGCCACGGCGAGGACGACGAGGACGGUGAACUUCAUGCAGACAACUCCGCAACACCAGUGCUUCCCCAGGACCAGUACGAGCGAUGUAGACGAGCCAGGACGAAAAGCAACGCUGAGGAAGAGAACGAGGCAGCGGUGAACAGUGACGUGAACGGUCGGCAGCCACCAGAGUCCUUGAAUUCCUGUGAAGCUUACGAGAACGAUUCGGACUCUCUUCUGUCCACCUCGAGGACUUUUAAAACGGCGAGUGACUUUAGUGAGGCCGCCGAAAACAAAUCCAUUACCGAAGUGGCGGCUCCUGUAGUCUCUUAUGGCGUGGACACUAAUGGGUCGUACAGUGGGAGUGAGGCCGCGGCGGGGGAGAUGGGUGAGCCUGUACCGACGAAGGAGGACGAGGAGGGAGGCAGCGGACGGAGCGGAGAAGGGAGCGAAGGGAAGGAGAAAGUUCCAUCCGUCCGUGAGAUCAUCGGGUUCGUGUCCAUCGGAAAGGAGAACCUGCUGGAGAGUGGCUUCGUGGACUUCGAGGCCACGGACGAAGACACGGACCCAACCACGCCUUCCUCAACCUCCACCACGACCCACGCCGACGCCGACACCACCACCGCCACAACGGACACCUCCACCGCUAAUAACAUGGACAUUACGGACGCCACAGAAACAAAUGACGGUGGUAUAAACGCCAGAACUAUGGACCCCACGACUAUAGAUCCAAGAAACGAAAGUGGAGACCCCGAAACUAUUGAUGAUACUUCUAUACACGAGAUAAACUGUAACAUAGACUCUGAAACUAUAAACUCCACAACUAUAAGAGAAAGAAACGAUAGUACAGACCCCGAAACUAUAAACAAUACUUCUAUAGACGAGAUAAACUGUAACAUAGACUCUGAAACUAUAAACUCCACAACUAUAAGAGAACGAAACCUUAGUAUAGAGACUGAAACCUUGGAUAAUACUUCUAUAGACGAUUUAAACUCUAACACAGGCACUGAAACUAUAAACUCCACAACUAUAAGCGAAAGAAACUGUAGUAUAGACGCCGAAACCACAAGCACCACUACCAUAGACGAAAGAAUAACGGAUUUAGCCAACAAUACCACCACCACCACCACCGACCCCACCACCCCGACCACUACCAUCAUCAUCACCAGCCCCGACAGCAACAGAGACGAGGAAUAUAUAGAGUCAGAGGGACGAGCCGUUGUCGAAACCGUGAUUGAAAAAAGCCUUGGAAUUCUGACCCAAAUGAAAGAGAGAGAACAUGAGGAUGGUGGUGGUGGUGGUGGUGUUGAUGAGUGUGACAGCAGUAGCGGUGAAGCGGGAAGCGAGGAAGAGGACCUUAGGGACAUGGAGAACUUAGAAUACAACGCCGAUGACCAAAUGAAUUAUGACCGCACCGAACCUGAACUUGAUGUAACAGAGACUACGACGCAAGUGGAAAAUUGGAACACUGGAACGGAACAAGACCUGGAAACGACGAACGGAGGAACGGAACGCCAUCAGGAACGAACCAACGCGACAAAUGAACGCCAUGAAAGUGAAACGAACGUGGAACAGGACGCCGGAGAAACAGGGGAAGAUAUGGAACGGAAAAAUGUGGAAGGAAAAGAUCAGACAGAAGAGGAAACAGAGGAGGAAAGGAACGAGGAAGCAAAACAGACAGGGAAUUAUACGAUAGAUCAAAACAUUCACGAAGAAGUCGAUAUAGAAGAAGGAAUGGCGGAGGAAAGUGAAGAAAUAGAAGGUGAAGACAAGAUAGAAGAGUCGGAGAAGAAGGAAAAAGAAGAAAACGAAGAAAAUGAAGAGGACAGAAAUAUGAAUGAUGUAGAGGAAGAGGAGGAAGUGAAAGAAACCAACAAGGGAAUAGAGAACGAAAUGGAGAACGAAGAAGAAGAAAUUGGGAAGAAGGAAAAAGAAGAAAACGAAGAAAAUGAAGAAGACAAAAAUGAGAAUGAUGAAAAGGAAGAAGAGGAGGAAAUGAAAGAAACCAACAAGGGAAUAGAGAACGAAAUAGAGAACGAAGAAGAAGAAAUUGUGAGUGAAAACGAAGACAGCAACAAGGAAUCAGAAACCAAUAUGGAAAACCAGGAAGCGAUGAGUGAGAUAACAAAAGAAACCAGAGAAACAGAAGGAAAAGAAGAGAACAGAAGGAAGGAAGAAAACGAGAACGAGGAGGAGGAGGAGGAAGAUGAGGAAGGAGUCAACGAAAUGGAAGUAGAAGACAUGAACAGGGAGGAGGAGAAAGAAGAAGGAGAAGAGGAAAAAGAGGAAAACGAAGCAAGCGAAACAGAAGCAAAGAAUAAGACUAAGGAAACGAAAGAAGAAGAGGAAGAAGAGGAAGAAAACAGCAGAGACGAGACAGAGAGAACUGAGAACAUGGAAAAGCGAGAAGAGGAAGAGGAAGAGGAAGAGGAGGAGGAGGUAGGCAGUGACGGAACAGAAGACUCAUGGGACAGAGUAACCGUCGUCCGCGCACCGUCCACAAGCUGUCCAACGACCCCGGACCUUCAAUCUUCAGCGUCGCCGACAGACGGAGACGAGAAUCAUAACCCCGACGGUCCCAACGAUACCAGCGCCUCCUCACUCAGCCCAGAGGUUACCGAAGGCCUCGAAGCACUCUCAGGAGACGCCCAAGACCUGCUGGAGGAGGCGUAUCGAGCCACGAUGCCAGGACAGGUAAGUCUUCAGGAGGACGCAAGUUCGGGUCUCUCAACGAUAGACGAAGAUGAAGAGUUUGUUGAUCCUCUCCUCCUCCUCGCCGUUCCUUCGCAGCGGCCUUCGUCAGUAGCGGAGAAGAAGGAGGAGGCGGAAGAGAAACAACUGGAAAAAGAGAAAGAGGAGGAAAAUGAGCAACAGGAGAUGGGUAAAGAAAAGGAAGAGGAGGGAAUGGAGGAAAAACAGGAAGAAAGAGGAAUGGAGAAAGAGAAUGAAGGAGAGGGAAUGGAGGAAGAACAGGAAGAAAGGGGGAUCAAGAAAGAGAAUGAAGGAGAGGAAGAAGAGGAGGAACUGGAGAUGAUAAAAGCGAAGGAAGAAGAGGAAAUGGAGGAGAAAGAAGAUACGAAUGAAGAAGGGAUGAAAAGGGAGAUUGAGAAAGAGGAAGAGGAAGAAAAUGGACAACAAGAAAUAGCAAAAACAAAGGAAGAAGAGGAAAUAGACCAGACAGAAGAUGUAAAUAACGAAAGAGAGACGCAGAGAGAGACUGAAAGAGAGGAAGAAGAAGAGGAGGAGGAGGAGGAGGAGGAAGAGCAAACUGAAGAUGCAAAUAAGAAGACACAGAAACAAGAGACGAUAGAAAAAGAAGAAGAGAAGAAGAAGAAUAAGGAGGAGGAGGAAAACGAGCAGAAUGAUAAUGAGGAGAAUGAGGAAGAGAAAGAGAAUUUAGAGGAAGAAGAAGAAAAUAAGGAAGAUGAACAUGAGGAAAACGAUGAAGAAGAGGAAGAAGUGAAAGCCGUGAUAGAUAAGGAAGAGGAAAAUGAAGAAGAACCAAAAGAAGACAUUGAGAAAGAGGAGGACGAAGCCACCAAAGAGGAAGAAGAGGAAGAGGAAGAGGAAAUUGACGAAGAGAUAAAUGAGAAAGCAGAAAAUGAAGACAAAGUUACAUUAGAAGAUAAAAAGGAAGUGGAAGAAUUAACGAAUGAGGAAAGAAAUGAAGGAGAGGAGAAGGAGAAGGAGGAGGAGGAGGAAACGGAGAAAAACAUAAAGGAAACGAUAGGAAUAGACGCAGAAGAAGAAGGGAAUAACAGUGUAAAAGAAGAAGAAGACGAAGAAGAAGAGAGAAAAAAGGAGGAGAAGGAGGAAGAAGAGGAGAAGAAAAACAAUGAAGAAGGGGAGGAAGAAAAUAUCAAAGAGAGUGAAAAUUACGAAAUAGAGGAAGAGGAGGAGGAGGAGGAGGAGGAGAAACAGAUACAAGAAAAGGAAAAUGAGAGAAAAGAAGAAAUGAGAACUGGAGAUAAUAUUGAUAAAGUGGAGAAGAAAGAAGAUGAAAAUAACGAAGAAAAUGAAGAAAAUGGUGAAGAGAAAGAGGAGAAGGAAAAGGAGGAGGAGGGAAGAGAAAGGACUGAAGAAGAAAGGGAAAAAGAAGAGAAAGCUACAGUGGAGGAGGAGGAGGAGGAGGAGGAGGAGAAAAAAGAAGUAGAAGAGAAAGUUGCGAAUAUAAUUUUUGUAGAAGAGAAUGGAUGUGAAGAGUCGGUGGUGGUGAUGAUGAAGGAGAAGAUAGAGAAGGAGGAGGAGGAGGAGGAGGAGAGAGGUGAAGAAGACGCUGAGGCAGAAGAGAAGGAAGGAAGAGAGGAAGAUGGAGGAACUAUUGAAGGCAGUGAAGAAGAGAUUAGGGACGUGAAGGAGGAGGAGGAGGAGGAGGAGGAGGGAGAGGAGGAGGCCAAUGUGGAGAGUGAAUGCAUCAAAGAAACGGGGGAGGAAGAGGAGGAGGAGGCAGGGGUGGAAGAAAAGGAGGAGGUGGAGGAAGAGGAGCUUGAGGACAGUGUAGUGGUGGAAUGUGUGGUGGAGGAGAAAGGAGAGGAGGGCGAGGAGGUGGAGGAAAGGACUGAAGUGGAGGUGUGUGGAGGAGAUGCAGUGUUGGUGGAGGAGGUCUUGGAGGAGGCGGAGGAGGGAGGCGGGGAAGACACCGUGGCGGAGGAGACCAUAGUGGAGGAGUGCUGUGAGGGCGCGUCGCUGGCGGAGGACAGCGUGGCGGCCGAGGAGGUGGUGGAGGGACCGCUGGACAUGGAGGCAGACAUAGACUCGCUGCUGGAGGCGCUGGAGGAGUCCAUCGUGGAGGUGGUGGAGGAGAGAGUAGAGGAGGAGGAGGAGGAAGAGGAGGAGGAGGAGAGGAUACUGGAGGUGGAGGCGGUGGGCGUGUCGGGGCGGCGCCUGGAGGCCUCGAUCCCUGAGGAGCUCCCCGAGGCCGAGGAGGCUGACGCAGAGCCGCUGAGCCUCGCGCUGGGCACGUCGGAGCAGUGGUGCGUGGUGGGGCGGCGCGGGCCGGGCAGGACCUUCGCCUCCUCCCUCAUGCAGGAGGCCGUGCCCCCCCUCACCCUGCCCGCCGCUCCCCCGCCAACGUCCAUGCCCGUCGGGUCCAUGCCGGGCCAGGAGGACACCGGCCACCCUCUUGACACCUUCCGGGAGCAGCAGUCGGUCGCCGGGGCGGCUACGCCACCCGCCGGUGACGGGGCGGCAAGGCAGCGCGACGCGUCCCCCUCUAGCGGCGGUGGCGAUGACCUGGAGGCCGUGGCGGCUGGCAGCGCCUCCUCCUCCGACUCGGGCGUUGUGGAGAUGGCGGGCAGGGCACCGCGCUCCCCUUCCGAGGCCUCGGCGGAGAGUGUGGUGGUCGCGGGGCGCGGCGGACCCACACACCUGCCCCAGGAGGCCGCGCCAGAGCCUGGACCGCGGGGCAACAGCAGCGGCCGCCGCCCCGGCAGGCGCGUGAAGGAGCGUGGCCCCGUCGGGCGAGGCGCCGCCAGGCCGGAGGAGGCGGCGGCGGCAAGGCAGGCGAGGGCCAGGCGGCAUGAGGCGCCACACGAGGCAGCCCCUCAGGAGGCCAGGCAGCAGGGGCGGCAGCGGGCCCCGGCGGGGCGGGGCUGCCCCGAGGUUCCCUGGCGACCAGCAGGAGGACCAUCGGGGCGGCGCCGGGCGGGGCAGCAGCAGGCGGCGACCCGGCGACGCGCAGCCCAGGAGGACUCCCCGCGGGACGAGCCCAGCCCCCUGGUGUCCCCCGAAGAGCCGCCGCCCGCCCGGCCCAGUGACUACGAGGCAUCGGACUCCGGCGAGGCGAGCCACUCCGAGCGGCUGCUGCGGGCCAUGGAGGCGCGGCGAGCGAGGCGCCGCAGGCCGCGCUCAUCCAAUAUUGACGCCGAAGACAGCCCCGAGGGGUUCAGGCCGCCCAGCCUGAGCGCCCUGGACUUGUUCCUUGCCACCCUGCCCCGGUACCGCGGGGGGCGAGGCGCCGCGCCUGUGGAGCCACCGCCGCCGCCGUCGCCCCCCGUCCCUGACGACAACGUGACGGUGCAGGUGCGCGCCGGGCCGCGGCAGCAUGACGUGCGCGUCACCUCGCGGCGGCAGGUGCGGCUGGUGGUGGACGUGGGCCAGCCGCCGCCCUCCUCGGACUCAGGCUGUGUGCCCGACGCCGCCGCCCACGCCCAACGUGCCGCUCGGAGGACGGGCGGUGCGGGGGGCGGCUCUCCCCUGAGGCGGCGCGGGCGGCGGCCGGUGCGGGAGGACGCCGCGGACGUGGACCAGCUGCUGACGGACGUGCGGGACUACCUCAACACCCGGCUGUCCACCAGGGCUGCUGGUGGCCGCGGCGGCGAGGGCGGAGGCGCGGCGCCCAUCGUGGUGGAGGGUAGCAACAUCGAGAAGUGCUUCACGGAGCGGCCGGCGGGGGGCGGCAGGACACGACUGUACCCCAAAGGUCGGCCGCGGCAGGAGGACCGCCGCGCCCUGGUAGACCCCGGCGUCAAGGAGCAGCAGCGCAUCCAGGGCUCCAUCAACGCCAUCAACGCCCUCCUCAAGCAGUUCUCCUGAGACACACCCCGCCCUCCACACCCCUCCCCCCCCGCCUCGUUCCACACCUCCUCCUCCACCUCGUUUCUGAGCCCCACCCUGUCCUCCACUCCUCGUCCUUCACCUUCAAGCCUCCUCCUCCAAACCUCACUCGCCCUCUCCACCUCCCCCUCCACCUCCUCGUCCUCCACACCUGUCUCUCCACGUUCCCUCCUCCUCAAAGCCUCGCCCUUCACCUUCACCUCCACCUCCACCUUGCCCUCCACCUCCACCUCGCCGCAAGUGCCGUCAUCACCUCGUCCUUCCGCAUCUUAUUUUAGUCCUCCUUCAAGUCACUCUUAGGUAUUUGAAGGGUGACUUAACCUAUGAAUGAUGAUGAUGAUGAUGAUGAUGAUUACUAUUACUAUUAUCAUCCUUAUUAAUACUUUUUUUAUUAUCAAUGUUAUUACUGUCAUUAUUAUUUUCAGUAGUAGUAGUAAUUGUAGUAGUAGUCGUAGUAGUAGUAGUGGUAGUUCUGUUAUCAUCAUCUACAUCAUUAUUAUCAUUAUUAUUAUCAUUAUCACUGAGGGAGGUGGAGCAGUGAUCGAAGCAGUGUAACCCCAGAGAGCUGUGUUCAUUAUAUCGAAGGACCAAUGAACGUCUAUAGCGUUUAACGUUUAGGUAGCUGCCUCGAAACAUGAACUAACUCCGAGCAUAUUAACCCUUUGUUUCUGCCCCGAGAAAAUCUUCAGUCAAAUUCUCGAUGCCUAUAACAGAUGUCAAAUUUCAGAUGCCUCUUAUAGAUGUCGAAUUUCAGAUGCCUAUUACAGAUGUCGAAUUUCAGAUGCCUAUUACAGAUGUCGAAUUUCAGAUGCCUAUUACAGAUGUCAAAUUUCAGAUGCCUCUUAUAGAUGUCGAAUUUCAGAUGCCUCUUACAGAUGUCGAAUUUCAGAUGCCUAUUAAAGACCCAUGAGCCCUAACACAUGAUUCCAAGCCAACUGAAGCCGUCCAAGUGAAGCCCCGAAGCCUGUGAUAUGCCUGCACUUAACUAUAUAUAUUUCCAUAACAAAGUAUAUCGUGUAAAUAUCUACGUUAGUCACCUACGUUGUACAGAAUGCCGUAUAUAUUGCCUCUGUACAUAGAUACAUUCGUUAAACAUCUUUUACUAACAUAUUUCAGGGACAAUUAGUGGUUUUUUUAUUAAUAAGUCUCCCAUAAAAAAGUAUUGAAGAUUAGGUCUGUUAUAUACUGUCUAUUUUAGUGUUAUAUUAUUCUUGUUCUGUUUGUGAAAGUUGGUAAAUAAUGAGUUAAGUUUGUUGUGUUUCCUCUAUAUGAAAAAAAAAAAGUUAUUUCAAGACUGCAUACAAGUUAUAGCCGCGUACGUUACACCGUCCUGUUAAUCAUGUACAGUCCAUGUAAAUAAAUAUAUUGGAUA